AUGGCCUCUUGGCACCAAGGGAGCCCCCAGGACCUCAACACCUGCCUCCCCAGAAUCCUGCUCCUCCUGGCCCUCUUGGUGACUUCAGCCGAGGGCAUCGCGUUCAGUCUCAAGGAAUGCCUGGUACUGCCGUCGGCUGAGGGCAGCACCGUCUCCUGCCACCGUGCCACCGAGUUCCCCAGUCCCCUCCCGGCUGACACUGUCCAUCUGUCGGUGGAAUUCUCCAACCUGACGCAGCUGCCCGUCUCCGCCCUGCGAGCUUGUCCUCGCCUGCGGGAGCUGCACCUCUCCAGCAACCGCCUGCAGGCGCUGUCCCCGGGGCUUCUGGCGCCGGUGCCCCGGCUGCGCGUCCUGGACCUGACCCACAACGAGCUCCGCGGCUUGCCCUCGGGGCUCUUCCGCUCCUCGGCCGCCCUGCGCACCCUGGUCCUGCGGGACAACCGGCUGCAGGCCGCGAGCGCGCGGUGGCUGUGGGGCCUGCGCGCCCUGGGCCACCUGGACCUGGCGGGGAACAGGCUGCGUACACUGCCCCCCAGGCUCCUCACCGGCCUGCGCGCCCUGAGCACCCUGGACCUUGGGCACAACCUGCUGGAAAUGCUGCCCUCAGACCUCCUUCGGGGCCCGAGGCGGCUGCAGCGGCUGCACUUGGAAGGGAACCGGCUGCGGAGGCUGGGGGAUGGCCUGCUCGCUCCCCAGCCAUUUCUGCGUGUCCUGUUCCUGAGCGACAACCGGCUGGCCGCAGUGGCGGCCGGCGCCUUCAGGGGCCUCCGGCAGCUGGACAUGCUGGAUCUGUCCAACAAUUCUCUAUCCAGCACGCCCCCCGGCCUCUGGGCGUCGCUGGGGAGGCCGGCCCGCGACAUGCAGGACGGCUUCGACGUGUCGCACAACCCCUGGAUCUGCGACAAGGACCUGCGGGACCUGUGCCGCUGGGUGCACGCCAACAGACACAAGAUGUUCUCACAGAACGACACGCGUUGUGCGGGUCCCGAGGCCCUGAGGGGACAGCUGCUGCUGGACGUGGCGGAGCUGGGGUCCCUGUAGGAUGGCGACUGGGCUGCGGGCUCCCCAUUCCCUCUGCCAGGGGGCGGGGAUUGCGGUUUUCUGACCCCCUCCGGGCUCCUCGCCGCCAGCACUCUCUCCCUCUG